AUGGCCACAAAGGGCCUGAAGCAGGAGUCCCAGUGUGGCCCUGCCUGUGCCAAGCAUUUAGCCAUCGGUUUCAGCCUCUUCCCCAAAGACAUCUGUGCUGCAGACUUCGCCAAACACAUGAGGGGAAAGGAGAAGGACAGCAACUGGGUCUUCGCGGAGGAUUACCGGGGCCUAUGCAUCUGGACAGUGGCUGAAGCUGACACCAACCCUGUCAGGAACCUCAAAGCUGAGAGCCAGACCACCAGCUCCGUCACUCUGAGCUGGGAGGACCCCGAGGGCCCGACCAACGCUACCUACACCUACCGGAUCAAGUGGACUGGACAUGAGGUCACAGACAUCACAGGCAACACAUACAAGGUGGAGGGCCUGCAGGCCGCCUCUCAGUACAGUUUCUCAGUGUUUGCGGUGAGCAACGGUCAGGAGAGCACAGCAGAGAACGUCACUGCAUCCACAGACCCCAACCCUGUCAGGAACCUCAAAGCUGAGAACCAGACCACCAGCUCCGUCACUCUGAGCUGGGAGGACCCCGAGGGCCCGACCAACGCUACCUACACCUACGGGAUCAAGUGGACUGGACAUGAGGUCACAGACAUCACAGGCAACACAUACAAGGUGGAGGGCCUGCAGGCCGCCUCUCAGUACAGUUUCUCAGUGUUUGCGGUGAGCAACGGUCAGGAGAGCACAGCAGAGCCCGUCAAUGCAUCCACAGACCCCAACCCUGUCAGGAACCUCAAAGCUGAGAACCAGACCACCAGCUCCGUCACUCUGAGCUGGGAGGACCCCGAGGGCCCGACCAACGCUACCUACACCUACGGGAUCAAGUGGACUGGACAUGAGGUCACAGACAUCACAGGCAACACAUACAAGGUGGAGGGCCUGCAGGCCGCCUCUCAGUACAGUUUCUCAGUGUUUGCGGUGAGCAACGGUCAGGAGAGCACAGCAGAGCCCGUCAAUGCAUCCACAGACCCCAACCCUGUCAGGAACCUCAAAGCUGAGAACCAGACCACCAGCUCCGUCACUCUGAGCUGGGAGGACCCCGAGGGCCCGACCAACGCUACCUACACCUACGGGAUCAAGUGGACUGGACAUGAGGUCACAGACAUCACAGGCAACACAUACAAGGUGGAGGGCCUGCAGGCCGCCUCUCAGUACAGUUUCUCAGUGUUUGCGGUGAGCAACGGUCAGGAGAGCACAGCAGAGCCCGUCAAUGCAUCCACAGACCCCAACCCUGUCAGGAACCUCAAAGCUGAGAGCCAGACCAACAGCUCCGUCACUCUGAGCUGGGAGGACCCUGAGGGCCCGACCAACGCUACCUACACCUACGGGAUCAAGUGGACUGGACAUGAGGUCACAGACAUCACAGGCAACACAUACAAGGUGGAGGGCCUGCAGGCCGCCUCUCAGUACAGUUUCUCAGUGUUUGCGGUGAGCAACGGUCAGGACAGCACAGCAGAGCCCGUCACUGCAUCCACAGACCCAAAUCUUGUCAGGAAUCUCAUGCCAGAGACUCAGACCACCAGCUCCAUCACUCUGAACUGGGAGGACCCCGAGGGCCCGACCAACGCAAACUACACCUACCGGAUCAAGUGGACUGGACAUGAUGUCACAAACAUCACAAACACCACGUACAAGGUGGAGGGUCUGCAGCCCGCCUCUCAGUAUAGUUUCUCAGUGUUUGCGAUGAGCAACGGUCAGGAGAGCACUGCAGAAAUCAUAACUGCAUCCACAGUACCCAACCCUGUCAGGAACCUCACAUCUGAGAGCCAGACCACCAGCUUCGUCACUCUAAACUGGGAGAACCCUGAGGGUCCGCCCAACGCAAACUACACCUACAGGAUCAAGUGGACUGGACAUGAUGUCACAGACAUCAAGCACACCACGUACAAGGUGGAGGGCCUGCAGCCCGCCUCUCAAUACAGUUUCUCAGUGUUUGCAGUGAGCAACAGUCAGGAGAGCACAGCAAAGAUCGUCACCGCGCCCACAGUUCCCAAUGAAGUCAUGAAUCUCCACAACGAAACACAAACCAACAACUCGAUCACACUGCGCUGGGAGACCCCCAGUGGCCCCCCAGGUCAGCUCUACAUGUACCAGAUCCAGUGGGCCAGUGGGGCACAAAGCCAGCGGGAGAAAACAAAUGGCACCUCCUAUAGGGUGGAGGGCCUCGAACCCGGGACUCUGUACAACCUCAGCGUGAGGGCAGAGAGGAACAAUGUCACCAGCACCACACAGAGCCUCAGAGCAUCCACAGCCCCAGACCCUGUCCACAUCUCCUGCACCAGCGCCUCUGGGGGCUAUGGGCUGGCCCUGACCUGUCUAUGUCCCCGGGGCGGCUUUGAGACCUUCCUGCUGGAGGUCAACGGGCAGCGGAUCUCCCUGGACAAUUCCUCCUGCGAGAGGGAAGUGGCCGUGUGGGGACUGCAGCCGGCUCGCUCCUACGUCGCCAGUGUCCAGACCUUCUGGGACGGGAUGGUGGCCCCAGGGCCCUCUGUGACCUGUCACACCUCGAGUGCAGGGGUGAUCGCCGGAUCCAUCAUCGGGGUGCUCCUGGCCAUCACCCUGGUGGGCGUCCUGCUGUUCUUCCUGAAGCGCAGGAGGAGUGAGAAACAACCACGAGAGUCGCCCCUGGGUCCCAAGAUCGGGCUCUGCCUCCUUCUCUCCAGGUCCCACAAAGACAUCCGUGCUGCAGACUUCGCCAAGCAUGUGAGGGGAAAGGAGAAGGACAGCAACUGGGGCUUCGCGGAGGAUUACCAGCUCUUGGACCAGGACGACCAGCCCCAGCCGCUUCAGACGGUGGCCUUGGCUCCCGAAAACCAGAGCAAGAACCGAUACAGAAACGUGCUGCCUUAUGACUGUGCUCGAGUACCCCUGAAGCCGCUCCCUGGGGAACCAGGCUCCGACUACAUCAAUGCCAGCUUCAUACCUGGUCUCAAGAAAGCCCAGGAGUUCAUCGCCACGCAGGGCCCCUUGCCCCACACCGUGGGGGAUUUCUGGCGUCUGGUUUGGGAGCAGCAGAGCCACAUCCUGGUCAUGCUGACCAAUUGCAUGGAGUCGGGCCGGGUGAAGUGUGAACAUUAUUGGCCACUGGACGACAAACCUUGCACCCAUGGGCACCUCCAAGUGACGCUGGAGCACGAGGAUGUAAAGGAGAACUGGACCAUCAGGACUCUGAUACUCCGCCAUACGCAGGAGCAGAAGAAGCUAGAGGUUUGGCAGUUUCAUUAUAUGACGUGGCCGGACCACGGCGUGCCCCACUGCCCCGACCCCUUGCUGGAAUUCAGGAAUCUCUUCCGCGAGCAGCUAGAACGUUUCUCCGAGGGCGGCCUGCCAGUCGUGCACUGCAGUGCUGGUGUGGGCCGCACGGGCACCUUCAUUGCUCUGGAUGUCCUGCUGCGGCAGCUGGAGUGUGAGGGCUGCGUGGGGCCCUUCCAGUAUGUGAAGAAGAUGAGGGGAAGCCGGCCGCUAAUGGUGCAGACUGAGGCCCAGUAUGUGUUCCUGCACCAGUGCAUCCUGCGCUUUCUCGAACAGUCUUCGCCCAUCGAGGACGAGGGCUUGUACGAGAAUAUGAUCUAUGAGAAUGUAGGUGCCCUGUAG